AAUGAAUGUUGCUUUACAGCAAUGGCGGACGCAGCACCAGCCGGUGGUAGUGGAGACCGUGGCAGAGGGGGGUUCAGAGGUGGAUUUGGCUCUGGCGGUAGAGGGAGAGGAAGGGGGCGUGGCCGUGGGAGAGGUCGCGGCAGAGGAAGGGGUGCCAAGGAAGGAGAAAAAGAAUGGAUGCCAGUGACCAAGCUUGGUAGACUUGUGAAAGACCAGAAAAUCAAGUCACUGGAAGAAAUCUAUCUGUUCUCCUUGCCCAUUAAGGAGUUCGAAAUCAUUGACUUCUUCCUUGGACCAUCCCUAAAGGAUGAAGUUCUGAAAAUUAUGCCUGUCCAGAAGCAAACUCGUGCAGGUCAAAGAACAAGAUUCAAGGCAUUUGUUGCCAUUGGAGACCACAAUGGUCAUGUAGGUCUGGGUGUAAAAUGCUCCAAGGAAGUAGCCACUGCUAUCCGUGGGGCCAUCAUACUUGCCAAGCUGACCGUCAUCCCUGUCCGAAGAGGAUACUGGGGUAACAAGAUCGGAAAACCCCACACUGUGCCUUGCAAGGUGACAGGAAAGUGUGGUAGUGUAAUGGUGAGGCUGAUCCCUGCACCAAGGGGUACAGGUAUUGUCAGUGCACCUGUACCAAAGAAAUUGCUUCAGAUGGCUGGUAUUGAUGAUUGCUACACAUGUGCUAGAGGAUGUACAGCUACUCUUGGCAACUUUGCUAAGGCCACAUAUGCUGCCAUCGCUAAUACCUAUUCCUACUUGACCCCUGACCUGUGGAAGGAGACAGCCUUCACCAAGUCCCCAUACCAGGAGUAUACUGAUUAUCUGGCCAAGAACCAUACUAGACAACCAGGUCAACGACAGGAACAGAAAGUGUACUAGGCUAAAUCAUUGAAAUAAAAGCUAAAUGACACUGUAAAA